AUGGUAGUUAGAUCACUUGAUGUAGAAAAAGAUCCUUUUCGACCUAGAGAAGAAUAUGAAGAGCUCCUUGGUCCAGAAGUACCAUAUCUUAGUGCAAUAGGAGCAUUGAUGUAUCUUGCUAAUUGUACAAGACCUGAUAUAGCUUUCUCUGUCAAUUUGUUAGCAAGAUUUAGUUCUGCUCCAACAUCUAGACAUUGGAAAGGGAUUAAGCACAUACUUUGCUAUCUCCAGGGUACUAUUGAUAAAGGAUUGUUCUAUUCUUAUAAUUGUGGGUCACAACUUAUUGGCUACCCUGAUGCAGGAUAUUUAUCUGAUCCACAUAAAGCCAGAUCUCAAACUGGCUAUUUGUUCACUUGCGGUGACACUGCUAUAUCCUGGCGGUCAACAAAGCAAACUCUGGUGGCUACUUCCUCAAAUCAUGCUGAGAUACUUGCAAUUCAUGAGGCAAAUCGAGAAUGUGUUUGGUUAAGAUCAAUGACACAACAUAUUCGAGGAACAUGUGGAUUAACAUCUAAUAAAGAAGUACCAACAAUUCUCUAUGAAGAUAAUUCAUUACCAACAUCAACUUUUGAGAAGAUGGUUCACAAGAUUGGAAUGCGUCGAUUAAAGGAUCUCUAUGAAUGCCAAAAUGAGGGGGAGUAA